UCUGCCUGCUCGGUCGUGUGUAAUUUAAGCGUAAACUAACAUCAGAAACGUUACUCAAUCGGAGGUUUUAGGCACUAGGGCACAAAAGUGUAAUAGGUACUAACUUAGCUUUCAGAAUACGCUUCGAAAUUGAAACACGAAUGCGUUGGAGCGCUUCAACCAAGAGGAACGAUUUUGAAGUUUGUUGGAAAACUCGACACUGGAUUAUUAGGAGCACAUUUUCCUCAAAAAGAUUUUCGGGUGGACGAAUACAUAAUACAAGAGGGACAGAUAAUCUCUCUUUGAUCAAUCAAUAGCGCCCAAUAACUUUGCGAGUGAUCCCACAACCGUUUGACUUCUUUCCACAACACGUUCAAAUUACGGCAGGCGAUGGUGAACAGCCGAGUGGAAAGCUCCGCCGUGGCGGUAACAGGAGGUGGUGGCGGAGCGGUGCGCUCCUGUGCGGGAUGUGGUGGCCGGAUUGCGGAUCGCUUCUUGCUCUUCUCCAUGGAUCGGUACUGGCACACACGCUGUCUGAAGUGCUCGUGCUGUCAGGCGCAGCUGGGAGAAAUCGGCAGUACCUGCUUCAGCAAAGGAGGCAUGAUCCUCUGCAGGAACGAUUACAUCAGAUUGUUUGGUCACAGUGGUGCUUGCAGUGCAUGUGGACAGUCCAUCCCUGCUAGUGAGAUGGUGAUGAGGGCUCAGGGUAACGUUUACCAUCUAAAGUGUUUCACUUGUGCCACAUGUCGAAAUCGCUUGGUGCCCGGUGACCGGUUUCACUACGUUAAUGGUACCAUCUUUUGUGAGCACGACCGACCAGGUGGAGCUUUGCUCAGUAGUCACCUGACGCCCCUGCAGAGCAACAACCUCCUGCCUGACCAAAAGGUGUGCUGAGGAAACUUGGAUUUGUAAUUUGCAGUGUGCCUUCUUUUCAUCUGUCUUGUCUCUUUGACUCCUGCCUCUCAUUUGCCCUUCUCAUUGUGAACGUCCCCCACACCCAAGACCUUUCACCCCACUUUAUGCAUCCAGCCACCUUAGAAGUAUACAACAUUAUGCGAGUACUACGAGUCACUUGCGAGACAAUCACCCUUGACUAGGGGAAACAAAAUCAAGUUGAUGAAAGAAACGGAUGAUGCGCACCCGCAUACGGCCUGCCUGGUUAUGGCUGGUACUGCGUAACGCAAAAGCCUUAGACUCUAUUAAUGAGCAGUUCUUGGGGGUGAUGCUCAACAUGGUUUGUUUUGCUUCGAGAAGUUUUUCCUUCGAGAUGUGAUGGACGAAACCCAAGUAUGGACUGGUGGAUGAUGGUAUGGAUGAUGAUUCAUAUCACUUCAUAGUUUACUCCAUCAUUAAGCAUAUGAUUGUUCAGGUUUUGUUCGAGUGGUGGUUUUGUUUGUUUAGCCCUUUUCACUUUAAGUGUAAGUUUAUUUUAUUUUAAUUAAUUUCUGGCACCUUUAGUGCCACAAAACGUUUCAUGUCCAGUUUUCUCUCCUUUGUCAUGUACAUCCUGUUAGAUAAUAAUCAUACACAUGCUCAAUACAAAUACAUGAACAUGUAUUAUUUCGUCUGCUCAAGUUAAUGACUUAUGAAGCGUUCUUAUUGAAAGCGCCAUAGUCUGUAGAGGCAUGUUUUUUCCAAUGGUUUUGUAGAUUAAAUUAUAUGUAUGUAUGCAUAUUCUCUAAUAGAGACUGGUAUUCAGUGUCUGCCAAGAGUUUUGCUUAAAAGCUGGGAAAGUAGGGUCGGGUUGGUAAGGAGAGUAAAAAUUGUAUAUAUUUCUUUCAUGUGCUGUUGUACCGUGUUAAAUGGUUGGUCUGUUUCCUAGCAUCCUCCGUUCAAACGAAGGAUGCUGAAAAAUGUUAUAAGAUAUCUGUAAAAAGAAAAGUACUUAAUUAAAUGAUUAUAACCAUCCCAAA